UCCGGGCGGUGCAGCGGCGGCCGCUUGGAAAAUGGCUGCGCCCUGUGGCUCGGAGCUGCCCGCCAACUCGCCGCUAAAAAUCCCGAAGAUGGAGGUGCUCUCCCCGGCUUCGCCUGGUGGCCUGAGUGACGGAAAUCCAUCGCUGUCCGACCCUUCCACGCCUCGGGGUGCCUCCCCGCUCGGGCCGGGCAGUGCGGCGGGCUCGGGGGCAGCGGCGUCCGGGGGUCUCGGGCUGGGGCUGGGGGGCCGCAGCGCCGCCUCGUCCUCGGUCUCCUUCUCCCCUGGUGGCGGCGGUGGCGGAGCUGCGGCAGCCGCCGCCGCCGCCUGCCGGGGCAUGUCGUGGACGCCGGCCGAGACGAACGCGCUCAUCGCAGUGUGGGGCAACGAGCGGCUGGUGGAGGCGCGGUACCAGCAGCUGGAGGGAGCCGGCACGGUGUUCGGCAGCAAGGCCCCCGGGCCAGCCAUGUACGAGCGCGUGUCCCGGGCCCUGGCCGAGCUGGGCUACGAGCGGACCCCGUCCCAGUGCCGGGAGCGCAUCAAGACCCUUCGCAGGUGUUACAGUCGGGUGAAAGAACAUGGUGUUGGGAAAAGAAAGAGCAGUUACACAUUUGAACAGUUGGAACAGGUGUUUGGUCAGGGAGGAUGGGAUGCUCAGCCCUGCCAGCCUGUACUUAUUAACAGUAGUGGCUUGUACCAGGAGCUGGAGUCAGAUGGCAGCACUAUGGAGGAGUAUUCACAGGAGGACUGGGGAAACCACAGUCAGGAUCUCCACGGCUAUCCAACAGAUCAGGAAUUGGAUGAAAUACCUGUCACAAAGAGAACAUUAAAAAUAAAACAAGAGUCUUCUGAAGAAGCACAGAAAAGAGACAUCAUGCAGAAUAUCAUACAGAUUUUGGAAUCCGUACAGUUGAAAUGGGAACUGUUUCAGAGCUGGACAGACUUUUCAAGGCUUCAUCUUUCUAAUAAACUGGCCAUUUUUGGAAUUGGUUAUAACACCCGUUGGAAAGAGGAUAUCCGUUACCAUUAUGCUGAGAUCAGCUCCCAGGUGCCCCUUGGCAAGCGACUCCGGGAGUACUUCAAUUCUGAGAAGCCUGAGGGACGGAUCAUCAUGACCCGAGUGCAGAAAAUGAACUGGAAAAAUGUUUACUACAAAUUUUUGGAGAUCACUAUUAGUGAAGCGCGGUGCCUGGAGCUGCACAUGGAAAUUGACUGGAUACCCAUUGCCCACUCCAAACCAACUGGUGGGAACGUUGUUCAGUAUUUAUUGCCAGGAGGCAUUCCCAAAAGCCCAGGCCUUUACGCCAUUGGCUAUGAAGAGUGUAUUGAGAGGCCCCCCUCACCCCACAUGGAGCGACAUUCCCUGGACCCAGGAAAGGAGGGCCGGGUUGACUUGGAAACCCUUUCAGCACAAGCCUCACUACAGGUGGAAAUAGAACCUACCCGAAUUAUCUAUUGCUACCUCGGGAUCGCUGAGGUCAGGACUCUGCAGCAAUGCUUAUUUUUACAUUUCCAAGCAAAUACCAAAACCUUCAGCAAAGAUUGGGUCGGUAUUAAUGGGUUUUUGUCUCAGAACUGUAUUGUGGAUCCUGGAGUUUCCCCCAAAUCCAUCUAUAUCAAAUUUGUAGAAGUAGAGAGGGAUUUUCUUUCCGCUGGCUCUUUAGUUGAGUGCCUGGAAAAAGCCAUUGGCUACCCCUUAAAAUUUAACAACUGAAUGUCAUCCUUCAUAAGGAUUUGGGCUCUUACCUCUCUCUUCUCUACCCACAUCCCGUUACCCAGACUGUCCCUCAUCCAGAUGCUGCCAUCAGACUUCAUGGAAACUCUUUCCACGAUCGGGCCAGUACAACUAAGAAAUCAUGAUAGACUUUGGGCAGAAAAAACAGACCUCACCUGAAAAUGCUCAUUUUGAGCCAGCAAGCUAUACAGCGGACUUGCAUGGUGGGUCAGUUGUUUCUUUUUUAAAAACAAAAUCAAUUUUUAAAUGGAUUUUAGAGCCCUGAUGUAAACAAAUGUAGGUACAUUCCAUAUUGGACAAAACUUAUACUUUGAGUUUCAUAUGAAAUUGAAAAAUUGUAUUUUUUUCACGAUGUUUCAUUUUUACACAUCUCUAUGUCUCUAUAUAAGUAUUAUUUACAACCUUGAAUAAAUAAGCAAUAGAUAAUGGCAAGUUAAAUCUUGAGUCACAGUAAAUAAGACUGUUUUUCAAUAUUACCCUUAGCUACUAUUGUAUAUAAUUUAGAGUUUCAUUUUUUUCACCAAUCAAGUGUUUUGCUAUUCCCAAUCAGUGUUGCCUGCAAAGACCUUUGUUUCUGUGAUGUACCAACUUUAUGGUUGUGCUGCCAUUUAAACUUUUUUUUAAAAAAAAUCAUUAAAGUAAUUCCUGGCCUCUCGGCGUACUAGUGGAGCUUUUUGUAGCGGAGUGCGGUCGCACUGGCAGUGGGACUGUGCUCUGACUUUACUGCUAGGGAUGAACACAACAGAGUAGGGCAGCUUCACUUCCUUUCACUCUCUGUACCCCACUGACCAAUGUCGUUAUCUCUUGUCAGAGUAACAAAGGUCACUGGACAUUUCAUUUUGUGCUACUUUUUAAAACUACAGAAGGAUAUUCCUUUUGGCCCAAAGUACAUGAAUUUGUAAGAGACUCUCAUUCCUCAUCUUUGCACUCAGUAAUCAGGGGCAGCUCUCUCAGGAGCACAGGUGGAGAAUUGAUGUCAUCAUACUUCCUGUAAAAAAGGAGAGAAGAUCUCAUAGAAACAUCCAAACAAAAAGUUUAAGUGAUCCAUAGGAUAGGAAACUGUAAGGUAUCAGUCCAUUAGGAGGGUAACUAUCACGUUUAGAUCUUUCAGUGAUUUCUGUGGGUCAACCAGCACUCCAGUUGGAGGUUAGUACUCUUGGCUAAGAACUACCUUACUAAGUAGGGUAGUUAAGGGUCACUUUGGUCUCAUGACAGGGACUUGUUAGAUUGGUUAUUUAUCUUUAAUGAUUCCCCCAGAAUCUCUCGGGUACUCUAAAUGGACUGCAAAUCCAGGUAAGAGCUAUAAUUCUCCCCGUUUUUCUGUACUGUUGAA